AUGAUUGAAGACGAAAAGGACUACUCGAUCUACUCGAAAUGUGCUGCAGAGUUCAUUGCAGUACUUCUAUUCGUUUAUAUUGGAUCUAUGCAAGCUGCCGGAGGUGGUGAUGGAGUUCUUCAUGCAGCAUUUGCUCACGGAGUUGCCAUUUUUGUACUUGCUGCAACCUUUGGAGGUGUCAGUGGAGCCCAUAUCAAUCCAGCAGUCACAUUCGGAAUUGCUUUAGUUGGUCGUAUCAGCCCAAUCCACGCAGUCUGCUAUAUUGCCUCUCAACUACUGGGAAGUGUCUUCGGCGCCCUUCUUGUGCGGAUUUCCCUUCAUUACAAGGCUUAUUUUGUAAUCGGAGCCGGUGCCACUCUGUGCGGAAGAGGAGUUGGUUGGCAAGAGGGACUGACCGCUGAAAUCGUCACCACCUACAUUCUAGUCCAAACGGUUCUUUUGUGUGCCGUAGACACUGACAAGAACAGAUUGGCUCCUUUGGCUAUCGGAUUCUCACUGAUCAUUGAAAUCCUUGCUGCAGGUGCAAUUUCCGGAGCAUCCAUGAAUCCAGCGCGCUCCUUUGGACCGAACAUCAUGGGACAGUUUUUCUUGAAACCAGAGAACUUGAAUUCCCUUUACAUGUUCUGGAACUAUCACUGGAUUUACUACGUAGGACCAGUCAUCGGAGCGUUCAUUGCUGCUGGUGUUUACAGAUUGUUCUUUGCCCGGGACUACCGCGUCCUUGCUUGA